AUGUGGUUUAAUGGACCCCCAUGGCUGGUUAGUGGUCAGUGGCCUAAACAAAAGCCACAAGUCAUCGUGACCAACAUCACUGCACCCAUGGUGGAACCAGAACCUCCUCCAUCUGUGGCUAUCAAUCCUCAUUCAUACUCUAGUUUAGACAAGUUACUGAGAGUUACCGAAAUCGUCUUUUAUUUCCUCAACAAAGUAGGGAUCAAACAUCGAUUUCCCAGUCCUAUCAAAUAUUGGAUCAAACGAGCUCAACAAGAGACUUACGGGAGAGAAUAUGAACAUCUUUCAGAUAAGUUAAGUAAGUCUCUGGGCAUUUGGUAUGGCUCAAAUAACCACAAUAUACUAAGGUGUGGAGGACGUCUGCUUCAUGCAGAUAUUGAUUUGGAAACAAAAAAUCCUAUAUUACUACCACGUCACCACAUCAUAACUAAACUUAUAGUUUUACAUUACCAUCAACAUAAUACCUUACAUGGUGGAGUGUUAGACACUCUCACUGAUCUUAGACAGAGAUUUUGGCCUCCUCAAGGUUGCCAAGCUGUCAAAUCCCUUAUCAAGUCUUGUGUAGUCUGCAGGAGGUAUGAUGCUCGAGUGUGUCCUUACCCAGGACCUCCACCACUCCUUAAGGAGCGAGUUGUCCACCUUCAUUCUAUUGAGACCACAGGUGUCGAUUACACAGGAGCUUUAAUUUUAAAUGGGUCUCCAGAUAAAAUUCCGGUGAAAGCCUAUAUUUCCCUCUUCACGUGUACAACCAUACGAGGUGUACACUUAGAAGUAACUUCUGACAUGAGUGCAGAAGCAUUUCUCCAAGCCUUUCGUAGAUUUGCUGCACGCAGAUCCUGCCCCAAAUUGAUGAUCUCAGAUAACGGGUCAAAUUUUGUAGCCGGAGAAGCAUGCCUACGAGAGAUAUGGAACCAUCCAGAGAAAUUGAGGCACGAGCCAUUAACUUACCUUUCUGAUGACUACUCCCAGAGAGAACCCCUGAGUCCCUCUCAUUUGAUUCAUGGUGGUCUUUUGAGCCCUCUAAUAUCUCUAGCAGACGAGAAUCCAACUGACCCUUCAUGUGUUAGUAGAAGUGACUUGGUGGAAAAGGUAAAUUUACCACAAGUUUCAGAAGAUAGUAAUGUUGCUCAACAGAGCACACGACCACCUAGAGUCACCGCUCAGCAAUGUAAGCUGAAACUUCAACAAUACUUUAAUUCUGACUAA